AUGUCUUCAUCUAUGCUCAAGAACGACGUGGAAAUCACCUUCAUCGGUACAGCCACUGCCAUCAUCAAAAUCGACAAUGUGACUUUUCUCACCGACCCCUUCUUCUCUCCUGCGGGAACUGAAUGGCCCUCCUUACCUGGCCACCCGAACCUCAAAGUGCACGAUGACCCUGCAUUGGACAUGAGCGAGUUGCCACACAUCGACGCUGUCCUUCUAAGCCACGAAAAUCAUCCCGACAACCUCGACGAGCUAGGCCGCACACUCCUCAACGGCCGUCAUGUCUUCACUACCCGCGACGGAGCGCAUAAACUCGCUCCACGGCCCAGUGUGCACGGGUUCGCGGACUGGGAAGAGAAACACGUCACCAUCGCUGGGAUCAUGUACCAAAUCAUUGCGACCCCGUGUCAGCACUGGCCUGGUCACGAGUGCGUUGGCUUCCUACUCCACACACCCAGCUUUGGUAGCACGCCUGACGGCCGCCCCAAUGUUCUGUACUUCUCCGGCGACACGGUUUACAUUCCCGAACUUGCGCAGAUCAAGCAACGAUACAACGUCGUCAUCGCUAUCAUGAACUGCGGGCAAGCCACGUUCCUCGACACAGAUAGCGAGGGAUUGCCUGACCAUGAAGGAGAGUCUCUCCAGAUCACUAUGGGUGGGACACAGGCUGUGCGGCUUUUCAAGGAUAUUGGAGCGGAUGUAUUGGUACCCAUGCAUUUUGAGUCUUGGGACCAUUUCAAACAGGGUAAAGAGGGUUUGGCGAGGGAGUUCGAGGAGGAGGGUGUAUUGGGAAGUGUUCGAUGGCUUGUUCCUGGGAGGGCGGUGAAGUUUUGA